GCAGCUCUCCUCCACCUCCACACUUUCCUGCAUCCCAGCAGCAGUAGAUAGAAACGGGGAGGAACCGACAGCGCUCCAGGUGUCGCACUAACACACACACACACACACACACACACACAGGCGCGCGCACACACACGCACACAGGCGAGGGCGCACGCACGCACGCUCGCAUCGCGCGUCUCGCUAUCUGUUCUCCCAGUAAAAAGAAGAAGAAAUCGUCGCGAGAACAUCACUCCUUCUCUCUCUGUGUCUUCAAGUGUAAGAUCUGAAGUUCUCUCGAUCCGAGUGGUCCUAAAGAAGAGUGCACUGUGAGGAGAAAGGAGAGCCCCUGAAAGCGGUCAUUUCCAAGCCGGAGCGCCGGAGUGUCACCUUGCGUCUUGUUGUUCUUCUGCACAACUUCAUUACGUCAUUUUCUUCUUCUCCUUUUUUGGAUGAUAGCAGGUCCCAGAAUGAAGUCAAGCUCCGGUUGGUAAAAAUGAUUCCCAGCAGAAGCUUCUCCAACAGCUGUGAUCAAGAUAAAAACAACACACCUUGCAUAAAAUACUUAGCAAUGAUACUUUCUGCGAAGAGAACUUCCAUUCAAGACGUAUGACCAAGACAGACACGGAUUUAUAAAGACAUAGCAACAGAAGAUAGCAACAAGGCAGAACACUCAUAGUUUGACAUGGAAGUUGAACGGAAAGAGGUCACGGACAACUCCCUUUCCAAAAAACUGCAUAAUGAACCUGAUGAGGAAAAGAAUCAAGUUCACAACUGUGACCUCUGCGGCAAGACCUUUCUUUUCUUGAGCUCAUUGUCCCAGCACAUGAGGAAGCACACAGGGGAAAAGCCGUACAAGUGCCCCCAUUGCCAACAUCGUAGUGCCCAAAAAGGCAGUCUGAAAGCCCACAUUCGCACCCAUAAGGGAGACAGUAUGAUUAAGAACACUGGAGGCAACGAGGAAGAGGUAGAAGAUGAAGGAGACAAGGAAGGUGGAGUUCCUGAGGAGCAGGGUGGUUGUUCUAGCCCAACUGAAAGCACGUCUGCUUGCAACAAAGUGGUCAGUGGCGAGGAAACCACAAAGACAAGAAAGAAAGGGGUUAAAAAAGAGAGAGCAAACAGUGAGGGAGGAAAGCAGUGCUCACUAUGUAGGAAGAGGCUCCGGAGUCAAGCUGAGCUGGAGCUGCAUAUGCAAAACUUUCAUGAUUCCUCGCAGGAAAAGCACUUGCAGGCAGAGGCACAAAACACACAUCCCACAGAGGAGAACUCCACAAUGGAGGAAGGUCCCAACAUGGAGGAAGCUGAGAAAGAGAAUGAGCUUGGUAAAGGGGACUUUCCCUGUGAUCAGUGUGACCAAAUCUUCACCCAAGCCUGGUUCCUCAAAGCCCACAUGAAGAAGCAUCAGAACACUCGGGAUCAUGGUUGUCGGAUUUGUGGUCGUCGAUUCCGUGAACCCUGGUUUUUGCGUAGCCACAUGAAAACGCACAACACCAAGACCAAGCCAAAGACUGAUUCUGAACUUCCUGCGACGGUUAAUGAGGUGACACAGGUCGAAGCAUCCUUAAUAAAUGAUGUUUGUAUAUAUGAACUGUGUGCCAAAUGUGGUAACUUUUUCCAUGACCGCAAAAGCUUGCAGCUCCACGAGCAAGUUCACAAGAACAGAGAUCAUUCUACUAACAGCGAUGAUGGUCUUUUAUCUCCUCUCACCAAGAGACGGUUCCUCGAGUGCCUAAACUUGAGAACGGCAGGUGAGAUGGAGAAGCUUUCAGAAGGAAAAGGGAUGGUUGGUAAGAGAAUCCCCGAGUUGGAUCCUGUUAGCAGUUAUCAGGCGUGGCAGCUGGCCACCAGAGGCAGGGUGAUGGAGGUUUCUGAAAAAGGCCUGGGCUGGGAGGAGAGGUUAGCAGAUGCAGAUGUUGUCUAUGACAAGAAAAAAGGUGAAUAUGUUCUCCUGAGACAGGAGAAACGAAAGAAACAAUUGGAUGCCACUCUCAGUAUCCCCAAUAAGAAGAGACGAGGGACGGUGACCCAAGGCUCGAACAGCACCAGCAUGGCCACCGAGCACCAGAGAAAUGUUGGGCAGACAUCGAUAGCAGGUGGAGAUGCUGAGAGUUUGUGUGACUCAGAAUAUCGUCCAUCUUUUUGUCAUGGCCAUAAAAAUCCCCAGAAUAAGACCUCGGAGUGCUUGGAGUGUGGAAAAGGAUUCCGAACUCAGCAACAGAUGGUGAUUCACAUGCUCAUAAGACAUGGCAGCAUGAGCGAAAGCAUAAAUGGGGUUUCUCUACAAAAUCUCUUUCCAAACACACAGCCAGGUCUUUCUAAACCUGUGAACUCUCAAGAGGACCAAAGCCUGAAUAAUUGCCCUGAAGAUACAGAUAAAAAGCCAUACACCUGCGACCACUGUGAUUUCAGCACUGCUGAUUCAGCUGCUCUGGUGUCUCACGUAUGCAAUCAGCAUGCAGCUGUCAGCAAUGAGGCCUUAAACAGCAUGAUCACCCAAAGCCACACUCCUUCCACCAGCCACAGUGGCUUCCCCAGGCUGAGGAAUGCACUACUCCAGCAGUCCUAUUGGCCCGACAGCACCUCCACCCACCUGGAGAGGGCAGCACUAAGCAGCACAGCACUUUCCUCCAAGAACAAUGAGAAUGAAGAUGAGAAGAGCAAAGGCCAUGAAGAGGGCAGUUCUGACAAAACGCAUGCUAGUCUAUUGAAUCUCUCCGUGGAGGUUAAAAGUGGUAAAGCAGAAGAUCUUGACUCAGUACAGAAUGGUCUAAUAAGGCAUGAGUGCCCGUACUGUUCCCAUACCACAUUGUACCCUGAGGUUCUCUGGAUCCAUCAAAGAAUUGCACAUAAAAUCGACAGCACCACUCUGAUACCUAAAUGGGCUCCUAAAAAUGGUGUUAAGGGACCUAAGUCCAUUCUUGAAUUCAAGAGGCGUACUGGACCACCUCCAUUUUUGGAAGGCAAGGAUUGCCCUUCACUGCCUCAGACUCGAAUCCUCCGCACAAGUCCCCCUGAAUUAAGCCCCAGAGGAAACAAGGACAAGCCUCAAAGCAGCAGCAGCAGCAGCAACGGCGAAUCCACUUACUCACAAAGCAAAGGCCAGCAUGCUGGACGACUAUCACAACCCUCUAAACAAAAUCCCAGCAGGUCCCGGGUAGAUGAAGUCAAGAGCACCAAGAACAAGACAGAUUCUCAUCAAUAUAUUACUUCAUCGACAAGUAAAGCAAGACCAAAACCAAGUCCUCAAAAGACAGGGAGCAGAUUGAUGGAAAGUAGCUCAAUGCCUCAAGAAGGACUCCGCUUCAUGCUCACCAGCAAGCACAAUGCCUCGGAGCAGAGAAGUCCCAAACCUCAGACCUCUAGCCGAGCUGAACCUCCAGCCCAGGACACGGAGAGCUCACCAGGAUAUGACCUCUGGAGUAGGCUCAGUCAUCAGAUGAUAGGUGGAUCAUCUUCACACUCACAGGCUAAAAAGCAGCAGACUGGAGACAGUCCAGGAGCAAUUGCAGACAUCUACAGUUUCUUGAAGAAUUGCAGUCCUCAUGACCUGGCUGUGCUGUAUCAUCACUGGGGCUUUAAUAACAUGAUGAUGGAGCAAGCAGGGAUGGCGAGGUCAGGGCAGAAAGAGGGCGAGUACAUCUGUCAUGUGUGUGGGAAGAACUUCAGCCAGCCAAGCCAUUACCGCACACACAUGAGAUCUCAUACAGGUGAGAGACCGUUCCAGUGUCAGUACUGUCCCUACAGUGCCUCGCAGAAAGGCAACCUGAAAACCCAUGUCCAGACUGUACAUCGGCUCACCUUUGACAAUGCCCAGUACCCUGACAGGAGGCUCCACCAUGCCCCAUCUGUUGACCACACACACCCUUCCAGUCCCGGAUCAUCCCACAGAGCGGCCACUUCCUGAACAGGAAAAACCUCAGCUACAUGGGUUAAAGAGGAGAACAUUUCCAUCCAAAGAUCUGUUAUCUCCCUGGGGGUAAUAUGUUCUCAUAAUCAAGGAGGGCUGAUUUUAUUCAAAACACUUAAGUGUAUAUAUUGUACUUCACUUGUCUUUAGUUUCAGGUUCUGUGCCAACUGUAAUUGGAAGCCGAUGUCAACGAUUUUUUGUUUUUUAUUUUUUAACACGAGGAAUUCAAAUGAAGUCACUUUGCAAACAAAACAGCAAUGUGGCGAAUAUGUUCCAUUUUCCUUUCUUUAACCUGAACACAUUUCAUACUUGACCCCCGAAAUGUCAAACCUGAUGCAAAGUACUGUAGGUUUUUAUGCACUGUCCUAAACUGUCAUCAGUGGAUCCUUUACAAAUGCUGCUUCCUUACAAAUAAUGGCCAGGAUGAUGUUCUAAAUUGAAAUGGUAGCCUUAGUUUGUGUGCUUCUGUGUUUGUAUCUUUUAAUCCUCAGGACUUCAGUUAGACAGAAUUCCAAAGCCUGUAUUAUGAAUAAUUUUAUUGUUGUCAUUGCUUUAUUGUAGAUUAAAUGUGGUACUUCUAGAGAACCUGCAGGUUAUCUGUCUGACAUUAUACACAGAGUAUGUCAUUAUGAUUUCAGAGGUUUUGUUCUGUUGUCUAAGUCUCGCUGGAAGAAUUCUUUAACAGGAGGCUAGGAACCCUUAAUUAUCCAAUGAGCCCUUAAAGAACCAUUCAUGAUUCAUGGGUUCUAACCAUUUCAUGAUACUGGGUGACAUGGUGGGUCAGUAGGUAGCAUACCACUUCAUACUACUGUUCCCAGUUGUGCAUGGAUUUUUACAUGUUGCUCUGAGUCCUACAGUUCUCAGAUUGGUUAGGAUGAAUUGCCCAUAGGUGUGAAAGAGUGUGUCCAUUUGUGUGUGUAUAUGUGUAUGUGGUGCCGUGUAAUGGCCUGGAAUUCCAUCCUGGGUUUAUUUCUCCACUUUGAACCCAGUUUUCCUGUUAUAGUCUGCUUUAAGGCUUCAUUGGAUACCUAAGGUUUAUUAAGCUCCAAAACGACUUGUACUGGGAAUGACAUAUUUUGUGUGAUGUCACAGAAAAUAGCAGGAAAUUACUUUUCACUCGUUUUUAUUUUCCACUUAUUUGUUUGAUUUAACCUAGUUUGAGUUUUUAUACUAUCUUUUCUGUCAUGUCUUUCCUAAAAUUAUGCGAUCUAAAAACAAAAAUGUAGAAGAAAAAUGUAAAAAAAACAAACAAACAAACAAAAAAAAACUGAUAUAAACUGAUGGCACAUAAGGACAUAAAGCCAUGAUGGAUCUUUUCCCCUGAUAUUCAAGUUAUUGCUGGAGGACUUAAUAUAAAUGUACAGAACUGCGAUUUCUCUGUUAUUAAUUACUUUUAAAUUAUUGCAUUAGAGAAAACUUGCUUAAUAGCUCUGAUCGGAUCUAUAGAUCAGGAGGUAGCGUGUUUUAUAACGCCUUUUAAAAAAAGCUUUAGAAUGCCAUAUUUUCAGAUGGUAAAUACUUAAUAAAGCAAGGAAAUUCAUGGCCAUAUAUUUCUAUGAAUGUUGAAUAAUAUACUUAGGUAUUUGCACAUUUAGGAAUACACACUUGUGCAAGUUGGAAUACGUUUAUAUAUUUACAGUAGUCAACAACGAACAUUUAUCUUAACAUUUCCUGAUUGCAGUAUAUACUGUACACAUGCUAAAUCUUAAUGAAGGAAUAUUCACAAAGAAAAAAUCUAUCCAUGAGGCCUCCCCGUACUGUUAACCUGGUCAUGAUUACAUUUAUAUAUAUACACUAUAUAUUCAUUUUUCAGAUAGUUAUUAUCUGAAGUGAUUGCUGCAUAUAAGGUAUGCAUAUAACUUUCCUACACAUUGGUGAACAAUGAUAGUGUGCAUGCAACAGAGGAUAAGUGAUAGGUGAUGAAUUAAAGGAAAAUCCAGCAUAAUGUGUGUCUUUAAUAAGCCGUUGCAAUUUUUAUUGACUCCUUGGACCUGGAAUUGUGUCCCCUAAUGUACCUGCUGAAACAAAUGCACAGAUUGUUUCUUUACUUAAAUUUUAUACUGGAAAACUGAUUAUCCUUGAAACACACAAACAAACCUGAUAUGCCAAGUUUUGGCACAGCCAGCUAGCCAAUAAACCCAACCCAUAAAGAUAACUGAUUUGGAAAGAGUAAUUGAUACUCAGAGUGGUUUGAUUGGCAUCCCUUUUUGAGCAUAUUGCAAACGAAUAAGAAAUACACUUGAUGGGCAAAAGUAUUUGGGCACAACAGUACCAGUUGCUUGUUGCUGAAUGAGCACAAAUCUUCAGAAGCACAUUCUAAAAUCUAGUGGAACAUCUUACCAAAAGUGUGGAGGUUAUUAAAAAAUACAUUGGAGACCUAAUGUGGAAUAGAAUGUUAAAAAAAUACAUACCAAUCUUAAGGUCAGAUGUCCUCACGUUUGUCCAUGUAGUGUGCUUAGGGUUUGAAUUCAGCUGGAGUCUGUUCUGUACAAUCUUGAAUAUUUUAUAUAUAUAUAUAUAUAUAUAUAUAUAUAUAUAUAUAUAUAUAUAUAUAUAUAUAUAUAUAUAUAUGCAACAACACAUUUUCCUUUAAUUUGUCACCUGCCUGUAUAUGAGGUAUUGCUGAGAGGAACACAAUGAAUCAAUUAAUCCAAUUAUUAAACCAUUCAAGCAACAAAUAAUCCUGUGCUGGAUGAAAUAAUGUGUUUGCUGAACUAAAACCUAGAUUCAUUAGAACAGAACGUAACGAGUGAAAUAGCAAAUUUUGACAUAAAAAAAAAAAAUAUAUAUAUAUAUAUAAUGUUUCAUUAACAGUAGUUAUUUUUCCAUCCCUCUGUUUUUUUCUUAUAUAACAUUAUUUUGUGUUUUUGAGUAGUAAUAGUAAUUCAAUGUAUGGAUUUUUUUGUGGUAUGAGCUUGUGUUUGCCAGAUUUAAUUUCCAUAACUCAAUGAAUUACACAAAACUGUCAUUUACAUGUUUGGAGACAUUCCAUCACAUACACUGUCCAUUAUUUAAGUUUUGAAGCCUCCCCAAAUAAAGUUUACCUCUAAUGUUUCA